AUGGGGAGGCUGGUGGGAUGGCGCGCGGCAAUUAUGGCUGCGUCGGCGGUGGGAUUUUUCGCUCUCAUGGCUUACCCCUCUUUCUCAUCACUUGGUCGAACGGAAUUGGAGUACAGUGAUCAGGAUGCCUUGCAGCAGUACCUGGAGCACACCGGACAAGAGUCAAAACUUGCGCAGAUCAAUCCAUCUCUCGCGAAGAGAAUACAGCAGCAAAAAAGCUAUGUCAGCGGGAGUGAGGCGUCUCGUCCUGGGGGUGACCUUGUUACACGGCUAAAGUCGCUGCAUCUGCACGAGCUGGCGAAAACCAAGCAGUCUGAGCGUCAUGAUGAUGCGUCCAAUUUCCCCCGACCACAGAUGUCGAUGAGUUCACACGUUGAGAAGUCGGUGAAUGAUGGUUUGAAGGCGGGGAAGGAGGAAACCAGAGCAUCUCUCAAGGCCAGAGUAGAGGCGGGUAAGAGAGCAUGGUCCAAGCUCCAGGAGCUGUCACAGAAACCUUCUUUGUCAGCAAAGUCUCGGAAGUACUUCACUCAGCCUCCACCUCUGAUCUAUGAUACCAGAACCGCAGCAGCAGCGGAGCAGUCACAGUUAGGCAUGCCUAAGACGUCGCCAUUGUUCUUUCAGAACGGAGAUUCGGCUGCUGCUGGGCAAUCUACCCUGAUCCAAGCUUCGACUGGUCCGAUGUCGAAGAGCCUUCCGGAAUCUCAAAAUCAGUAUUUUGCUACCAGCGUUGGUCAGGCGGCACCCACAGUGGUUCAGCAGCAAGGUGGGCCCAUGAUGGCAAACAUCCCUCAGACUCAACCUCAAUUCUUUGAGGCUCCGCAAGAGCAGGCUCAAGCUGUUCAGAAUGCGAACCAACAGGCUCUGGCUCAGCAACAGCCAAAGUUCUUCCUCACGCCACAGGGCAAAGUCGUCGAGGUGGUGAAUGGCGUACAGCAAGUCCAACAACAGCAGACCCAGAUGAACGUUGUGCCAAACGCUCAAUCCACCAAGCUCUCAGAGGACACAGAGGCACUAGAUGGAAGCUUGGGUGUAGUGCAUUCGGAGCCGUUGGAGGAUCCCACUGUGCAACCAGAGAAUCAGUAUGUUGUUGAAGGCACGGCGUUUCCAAAGGAUACAACGAUCUCGAUGCCUGUUGCAUAUGUUCCAGUUGCGAAUGGGCAGCAGGUGGAUGUCUCCUCUGGUUCCCCAAUGGGAUAUGGAGGAGCAACUUCGAUGAAGGAUGCUUCAGCCAGUACUCAGAGUCUUUAUGGGUUGGGAGGGAACGAGGAUCCCUUGGAAGGUCAAUAUAAGUUCGGCAUUAACAUCAAGCCGAUUCCUUGUGAUGGGCCUAUCAAGCAUAGUGACACGCCUUUGUGUGUUGCCAAGAAAGCCAUGGCCCAGGCGCUUCAGGCUGAGAAGGAUGUGAUUGCUGCGCACGAGAAAAUUCAGGAGCAGAAGGACCGAAUUACUAGGUUGGAUCUGAGCUAUCAUGAGAAAUAUAAUGCUCUGAAGACUCGAUUCGAGGCAUUGGUGGAUGGUCUUCGCAAGCGCGUGGUAGAGCAGAAACGAAGGCUGUUGGCGGAAAGCCGCCGCAUCACCACGGGGGACAACGCAAACUUGCAGAAAGUUGCUCAGGCGCGGGAGAACGAGAUGAGAGACUGGCAGGAUCUCAAUAGGCGAUUGAACCAGCUCUCUGUGUCGCUCGCUGUCAUCAAGAAAGCUCCUGGCCCUCCAGGGCCGCCUGGAAGCAUGGGUCCACAGGGGUAUCCCGGAGUACCUGGUCCACAAGGAGUGCGAGGACCGCGAGGAGAAGAAGGGGAGCCUGGUCCUACUGGUUUGAGGGGAGAGAACGGACGACCAGGUCCCAACGGACGGAGGGGUCCAGCUGGGAACCCGAUCAACAUGCAAGGCUACGUCAAUCCGCAGGGAGCGAUCCCUCUUGCAGAUCCCAACAUUCUCGAGAAGUUCGAGAACAACGUGAAUACGAUGGAUGAGUUGCUGAAGCGAUUGAAUCAGGACAAAAAAUGA